AUCUGCAGGCUGGAUCUGGUGGAGGAUGCUGCGGCAGGUGAUACACAGAGGGCUCCAGUCGUUUUUCUACAAGCUGGGCUUAUUCGUGAGCAGGCAUCCGGUGUUUUUCCUCACUGUGCCCGCAGUCCUGACCAUCAUCUUCGGCUUCAGCCUGCUCAACCGCUUCCAGCCUGACACUGACCUGGAGAGCCUGGUAGCCCCCAGCCACAGCCUGGCCAAGAUCGAGAGGAGCUUAGCCAGCAGCCUGUUCUCCCUCGAUCAAUCCAAAAGCCAGCUGUAUUCGGACUUGCACACCCCGGGGAGGUAUGGCAGGGUGAUUCUCCUCUCCAAACCCGGAGGCAAUAUUUUGCAUCAGGCUGAUGUGAUCCUGCAGAUCCACCGAGCCGUGCUGGAAAUGAAGGUGAACUACAAAGGCUAUAAUUAUACUUUUUCCCAUCUGUGUGUGUUGAGAAAUCAGGAUAAGAAAUGCGUGCUGGAUGAUAUUAUUUCAGUGCUAGAGGAUCUGAGGCAGGCUGCCCUCUCCAAUAAGACAACAGCCAGGGUGCAAGUGAGCUAUCCCAACACUAAAUUAAAGGAUGGAAGGAGCAGUUUUAUUGGCCACCAGCUUGGAGGGGUCAUGGAAGUGCCCAACAGCAAGGACCAGAGAGUCAAAUCAGCCAGAGCCAUCCAAAUCACUUACUACCUCCAAACGUAUGGCUCUGUCACCCAGGACCUCAUUGGGGAGAAGUGGGAGAGUGAAUUCUGUAAACUGAUGCACAAGAUGCAGCUGGAUCACCAAGAUCUGCAGCUCUACUCGCUGGCGUCCUUCAGCCUCUGGAAGGACUUCCACCAGACCAGUCUCUUGGCCAGGGGCAAGAUUUUGGUGAGCCUGAUGCUGAUCCUCCUGACUGCUACCCUCUCGAGCUCCAUGAAGGACUGCCUGCGUAGCAAACCUUUCCUGGGACUCUUGGGAGUACUCACUAUCUGUAUUUCCAGUGUCACUGCGGCAGGGAUAUUUUUCAUUACUGAUGGAAAAUAUAAUUCUACUCUGUUGGGAAUCCCUUUCUUCGCUAUGGGUCAUGGAACCAAAGGAGUAUUCGAACUUCUUUCAGGAUGGCGUCGAACAAGAGAAAAUCUUCCAUUCAAGGACAGAGUAGCAGAUGCCUACUCAGAUGUCAUGGUGUCCUAUACAAUGACAAGCUCCUUGUAUUUCAUAGCCUUUGGCAUGGGUGCAAGCCCUUUCACUAACAUUGAAGCCGUAAAAGUCUUUUGCCAGAACAUGUGUGUCUCCAUCCUGUUGAACUACUUCUAUAUCUUCUCAUUCUUUGGCUCCUGCCUGGUCUUUGCUGGCCAGUUGGAGCAGAACCGUUACCACAGUAUCUUCUGCUGUAAAAUCCCUUCAGCAGAAUACCUGGACCGGAAGCCUGUGUGGUUCCAGACCAUGAUGAAUGAUGGCCAUCAACAUUCUUCUCAUCAUGAGACCAACCCAUACCAGCAUCACUUUAUCCAGCAUUUCCUCCGAGAGCAUUACAAUGAGUGGAUUACCAACAUCUAUGUCAAGCCUUUUGUGGUGAUACUGUAUCUCAUCUAUGCCUCUUUCUCCUUCAUGGGGUGCUUACAGAUUAAUGAUGGAGCCAACAUUAUUAACCUUCUUGCCAGUGAGUCUCCAAGCGUCUCCUAUGCCCUCAUUCAGCAAAAGUACUUCAGCAACUACAGCCCGGUGAUAGGAUUCUAUAUUUACGAACCUCUGGAGUACUGGAAUGGCACUGUGCAAGAAGACCUAAAAACACUGAGCCAAGGGUUCAACACAGUGUCCUGGAUCGAACAGUAUUACCAGUUCCUUCGAGUGGGUAACAUCAGUGCAACUAACAAAAGUGACUUUAUCAGUAUCCUCCAGAGCAACUUUUUAAAAAAGCCAGAAUUCCAGCACUUCAAAAAUGACAUCAUAUUCUCUAAAGCUGGAGAUGAGAAUAACAUAAUAGCUUCUCGUUUGUACCUGGUGGCCAGGACGAGUGAAAACACACAGAGGGAGGCAGUGGAAUUACUGGAGAAACUGAGACCGCUCUCUCUUAUACAGAGCAUCAAGUUCAUAGUGUUCAAUCCUACCUUUGUUUUCAUGGACCACUAUGGUUUAUCAGUAACUAUGCCUGUCCUGAUUUCUGGUUUUGGCAUCCUGUUGGUGUUAAUACUGACCUUUUUCCUGGUUAUCCAUCCUCUGGGAAAUUUCUGGUUGAUUCUCAGCGUCACCUCAAUAGAGCUGGGCGUCCUUGGCUUGAUGACCUUAUGGAAUGUAGACAUGGAUUGCAUUUCUAUACUGUGCCUUAUCUACACCUUGAAUUUUGCCAUAGAUCACUGUGCACCCCUGCUUUAUACAUUUGUACUAGCUACUGAGCACACCCGAACUCAAUGUAUAAAGAACUCCCUCCAAGAGCAUGGGACAGCCAUUUUGCAGAACGUUUCUUCUUUUCUUAUUGGGUUGGUCCCCCUUCUCUUUGUGCCUUCAAACUUGACCUUCACACUGUUCAAAUGCUUGCUGCUUGCCGGCAGUUGCACACUUCUGCACUGUUUUGUUAUUUUGCCCGUCUUUCUAACCUUUUUCCCACCUUCCAAAAAGCACCACAAAAAAAAGAAACGAGCCAAAAGGAAGGAACGAGAAGAGAUUGAAUGCAUAGAGAUUCAGGAGAAUCCUGAUCACGUGACAGCAGUCUGAAAGGCUCAGAAAAAAUGAUAAUAUUUUCUCUUUUUAAAAAAGCGUUGCACAGAGAUGCAGGGAAAAUAGAGCAAAGAUCUCAGCUGCUUGUGCUGGCCAGGUCUGACAAGGCAAAGGAAGAUCAAGAAGGGGUAUUCAUGAUACAUCAAGGUGCAAACUUUUUUAACAAAAAUAAUGAAAGUGAAAACAACCACAGAUAUUUCCUUUGAAUUCUCAUUCUGCACCAGGGAAGAGUUUAUUGGCCAUUAAAAGUUUUUGAAUAUCAAACUGUAGCUCUAAUGGGAAUUACUUGAUCUGUCAUAUUUAAGACUGAAGCAAAGGUGGAAAAAAAUGUUACCAUUAAGUAAACAGUAGGGGAAAAAGAGAAUACUUUGAUAAAAUUGCCCAGAGCAAAACAGAACAGAACAAAACAAAGCAAAACAAAAAGCAUUUCAAGUGAGAAAAGGGAACAAAACUAAAAAUGCCAUGGUAUUUUUCCUUGUUUUCUUGAGCAAGUCGUUUAAGAUAAAACCUAUGCACUUGGGAAGUAGGUGUUUAAAUCAGCCUAAGCCAAAGUACUUCCCAAUUUCAGUAUACCGUGUAUAUCUAUUACACCACAGUUACAGUUAAUGGGAAUUUAGAUGGCAAAGCUGUACUGCCAGGGGAGAGACAUCUGGUUCCUAUAGGAGAAGAAACUGCAAUAGGUCAUUUGGAAAUGUAAUGUUUGGUUUCUUUAAAAGUGACAGAUGACAUUAAUCCCAAGAGGCCACAGCUGGUAGUUUUCUCCAUACCUACACUUUGGUAUUUCUGAGUUGCAAAAUUCCCCUUGAAUUAACAGAUGCCACGAAACCAACCCAGGCCAUUUCCACUGCAGCAGUGCUUGCGGUUCCUGCAGUGUAACACUUCUGAAUCCUCAUUUAUCAGUGUUGACGUGAAAUACUGAAUAUUAAUCAAGCUGGUGCUUUAAAUGUAAUGAUGGAUUGCAUAUCACAGACAUAAUGUGAUUGUGUGACAGCUGAGUCAGCUCUGGAGCACCCGCACAGUACUAUUAUUAUGUAUUUGGUCCAACAGACAAAGGGGUAUGUUUGAUGACCCCUGCAAUAUGCUGCAGGAAGUGGGAUUUUCCCCUUCUUUAAGCAAAAUGUCAGUCAAAUAUUUGCUACAUUAAAUCAACAAAUAACAAUGAUUACGAAAAACCUUAGGGUUUGCACGGGACUGAAGAAACUCCCAGAUGUAAAAAUGCAGAUCAGUCCCCCAAGGGAAGGGGAGGGGAGGGAGGAAUGUCUAUUAUUAUUCCUAAAUAUUUGAGUGCUGAUUGUCUGCAAUACAAAUCUUUGUUCUGGCAGUAGAAAUCUCACAAAAGAAUGUGGUAAAUCCACAGUUACUACAUGAUGAUGGAAACUGUACUGUGAAGAACUAUGAAUGACUUUCUCUGCUUUGUAAACUACACAUUUUAGUAACCCAAGAGAAGGGAUGAAAACUAAUCUAGCCAUUUCAGUUUGCUCUUGGCCCAGUCCUCCACUGGAGCUUGCCAUGCCCAUCUUCCCUUACAGUAUUUUAAAAGGGCUUGCUUUCUACUCUCUGGAAUAUGGUACAGCAUCACCUACAUGAGCAACGUCUUCCUAAAUAUAUAGUAUCCGUGAGGACACUAUGUAAAGAUAUCACCAUGUGGAGUGUUUAUGUCUACUUUGUAUUACCUGUGGGUACAUUUAAAGAUGUCUGGAAGCUAUUUGCCUUCCACAGUGUGUAUAAAUGUUUGUUUCAUGGUGGUCCACUGAGUCUGCAGAGUUUGCUGAUGAGGGUUUGUACAUAUAUUUCACUAAAAAGCUCUCUGCAAGUUGAUUCUUUGUUCUGUCACAUCUCCCACCUCUUUCUACGUUUUCAUGGUUGGGGAGAGCCAGAGGAAAUUCACCUGCAGCACAAAAAGCCAUUGCAGAUCUAAUGCUCAUCAGCUGUUUCUGUUUUUAAGAUAUGCAGUUUUUCCUCUUCUCUGUCCUUUCUGUAUUUUGCCAUUACCAUUUGCCAAAAAAAAAAAAAAAAAAAAAAAAAAAAAGACCUCUGUGUUAUAAGAGUGGUCAAAGUUCUUGAUUGCUAAAGGGACCUUUUGUGUGCAACAAGUUUUAGAGAAAGGUGCAUUUUCUAGACAGGCAAAGCUUCCAAAGUCUGAAUCCAGAUCUAAACUUCAGGUGUAUCUAGAUCAAGGUUAUUGGUUUGACCCAAGAUAUUGAAAGAGUCAGCUGCAAAACUAAGAUCUAGAUAGUUCAAUAAGAUUCAGGAGCGGGGGAUGUUUUAAUGUUGAGAUAUGGCUCAUAUGUGUCCCUUUUUGGGAAGUAUCUACUGACUUUGAUCUGCAUCUCAAAGACAUUGUGCAAUAUCCAUCCUUUUUAGGUUCUGAAUGUCAAGUUUUCCGUAGCUCUUCUAAGGUUUCCUCCACUAUCCAUACAAAACCCUGACAACUGUAGCACAGCUGUGAGCCCUGGGUAUCACUUCUUGAGAUGUCCUUUUUCCCACCUGCCCCGUGCAUCACAAUGGCCUUCUCUGGUACCACACAGAUGUAUCCCGAGGAUCUCUGUCAUGUAUCGUACUGAAGGAAGUAGCAUUUUCCAAAGCCAUCAAAGCAGGGAUUCAUCUCAUCUAACUUUGGGUGUUGACAAUGAAGAUAUUAUUAUCUGAGCUUCUUUUGUGGUCAUAAUAGACAGACAGGCAGCUCUGACCCAUUUUACAGCUGUGCGUGAAUCACACCUCUAAAAUGCCUGUUUCUACGCACUGGUGAUAAAGGAAGCUCAGGGUGUUUCGUUCAGGCACAUCAGCAAUGCCAGCUCAUCCAAGUUUGAUGAGAUUAACCCCACUUAAAGUGUUCAAAUACCAAGUGAAAGAGAACAGAAAAAGGCCUUAGAGUCUUGCCUCCCAAGCGUCUCUUAGGGAUAAUUCCCUGGUGUAACUCAGCUCAAAGUCUGCGAUUGGAUAUGAGGCCUUUCUGCAGAACAGAGCUUAUAAAUUUGCUGCUGGAAUUCCCCUGGCAGAGAUUGGUGAGCCAAGGAAUCAGACGUCAAUGCUGAGCGUGUGCUCACACAUGGUGGUCUCAAUAUCGUGCAUGUGCAGUAGCACUUGUAUACAGCAGACACAAAAUAUGCAGGUUACACUCUUUAAAAAGGAGUUUUUGAUUUGGAAGGUAAUGCAGGAAUGGUGCACAAAACAAACCAGACCCUUCACUGAUGUCAUUUUGUUACUUUAUUAAUCAGUCCUUUUGCAGGAAAGAACACUGCCGCUGCUACUUCUGCAGAUGUAUCAGUCUCUAUGGACCCAGAAAAACUUCUCAAGUGAAAAAAGAGACCAUUUUCUUCUGUAAUUCAGCCAUAUGGGAACAAUUUUGGGGCAGAGAGACCAUACUUACUAAUGUCUUCUCAUCCUUUUUAUUUUUCUCUCAAUGUUUUUGAAUAAUUUCUACCAUCUUCUGCACCCACAUAGCACCUGUUCAGCUGAACUGGAGCUACAUAAGCAACUGUGAAGACAGGACAUAGUGCACAUACCCAGACAGGUUGACACUCUGAUCCAAGCUAGGUACUGAAUCUUCAUUAUAAACUUACCAGUUACAGUUGGUCCCCUGGGAUAUUGCACGUAUUCCAUUAAUGUCUGUUUCUAGACAUAGUCUACAUAAGCUGGUAAGGACCCUGCGUGCAUUUUCCUACUUGGUUUUAUUUCAUUCCCUUGAUAUUGUCUAAAUUCACUGUUGAGACAACUGUUGAAGUCAACAGAUUUAUUGCCGCGAUAUAUUUGGCUUUGCAUGCUUUCUAGCCAGUAAGAACUGAAACCACAACAAAUGGACCUCUUCAUUGUUGAUAUGCUUGUUGAAUAUAUCUGCCUAUACUAUACAGCCGUUGUUGCAUGCUGCUUUCAGGAAGCUGAAGUGGAGGUGUCCUGUGUAAUUUUUUCCAUUACACUUUUCCAUGCCGGUAUUUCUAGCUGUAACUAAUUUAUUCCUCUGUCUUUUUUGGUAAGAAUUAGGGCUUCACCUCCUCAGUCCAAGACUUGAAGUUUCAUAAAUUUAUUGCCUAACAAAGCAACAUAUUUUUAUGAUCAGGAUAGGUAUAGAUGCAUGGCACCUUGCAUGUAUAAUUUAAAGAGAUUGUCUUCUAGGCUGUCAUUCUCAGCUUUUCAUUGCAGAAGAUCCCUAAGCAGGAUGGAUGUAACUUGCCAUGCUAAUAUCUUUCUGAGCUAACUUAAGCAACUUUAGGUUUGAAUUUUUCUGCAGUGAGAUGGAAGGAUUGGGGGGAAAGAAGAAAUACGAAGUAAAAUAAUUGUACAAUCAGUGUUCCCUUUUUUCUCAUAAGGCUCUCACUGUUCUGCUCUUAAUUAAGUCACACUGAGUAGUGACUCUAGCUUAAUUAAGAUUUAUUUCAAUAGAGUUAUUCCAUAUUUCACUAUGACAAGAGCUUGGCUUUUUGUCUUUAUGGAAGCACCAUGCUAAGUCUCCUUGAUUAAUUUUUUUGUAAUUAUAAACUUUAAUAAGCUCUUUUUCAUUUCAACACUGGGUUUUUGAGUACCUCAUUUGAUGUCCUAGGAAACACUAAGAGGAAGCAAAGUUAAGCAAUUAGCAAACAAGUGAUGUGUUGGUGUUAGGGAGAAAGGACACUUCAUGAAGGGGCAGCAGAUUCUCCACAAAGGCUCCAAAUACGGAAUGAUGUUAGGGCUGUCUCAGAGGUAUGUUCUGUGAUGGAAAUCUCCAGAUUAAAGUGAAAUGGAAACUAAGUGGAGCAAGUUGUGUGGAGGAUGAAGGAAUCAAGCAAUAGUCAAGACCUUGAUUCUUGGUCCAUACCAUCUUACUCAAGCAAGGAGGCAUUUGAACAGGAGCAGAGACUGAAUAUGGAAAGAAGUUCAUCCAUCACCCGGAAUGCUUCUCUGCACCAUAGUCUUACAUGAAAGAACAUCACAGACCAAACAAGUGAAUACUGCCCACCUCAGCAUGGGUCCCUCCAUAAUCUGUUUCCCACUCGGAGCAACGAAGGGAUCCCAACUUGGGUUUCACACACGUGUGGAAAGGAAAUUCAGAGUAUCAGUGGUGUUCUGUGAGAGAUCCCCACUUCUCAUUCCAUAGCCCCACACAUCAUCCCAACUGCCUGGCACUGGAGAGGUGCAACUUCUGACCAUGUUAGUUAGGUAGAAGUAAGAUUUUGGUAAGAUUUUCCUCUUAAUCCACAAGGCUUUCUUCUUUCUACCUCCUUCACUGCUUAAAAACAAAGGAUACACUGUGGUACAUGGAUGUUCAUCUAUAGCAGCGAAUAAUGUUGCUGCUUAACAGCGGGUUGAUGCGGGUUGUGGGUUUUCAGACUAACCAUGCAGAUCCGAUCUCCUUGCCCAGACCAGAAGUCAAAAUCCUGCUGAAAACAAGGAAGUAUGAAGCAGUUUUGAACUCCAUCUUUCUUUGCUUUCUCUGUCUCCUCUUGGCCAUACCAACAUGCUCACACUAUUCUCAUUUUCUUCGUGCUUCCUCAUUAAAGAAAGUAAAGUUUCUCCUUCUCACUCCCUCAGGCUAUCUUCCCUUUGCAGCUCAACUUAUUUUGUACUUUAAUCAUCUGUGUACACUCUUAACCUUUUCAAAAUUUUUUUUUUUAUUUUUUUUUUAAACUCUGAGCGUGAAACCCUGUUGAAAUAACUGGAGGAUGCUUGGAUGCAUCAAAGCACCGGGUCUGGUACAGAGCUAGUUAAUUGAUAACAGUAUCCAAAUAGCUCAAAACAUUCUUCAAACAGAAUAUUGUCUGUCAGAAAGCUCAGAAAAUAAUUAAGCUUAAUUUUUCAUUUUUCUGAAUUUUUUAUCUCAUAAGCUUCUACUCUUUGUAUUCUUUUUACUGUAGGCAUUUUUUUUUCAGCACUCCUUUAUCUUAAAAGGCCUAGCUUUACUUUGGUUCUGUCUCAGAAACAGAACUAAAUGGAUAUUUGUUCAUGCCCUGAAAAAGAAAAAACUGUCCCUGCUAGGAGCAUUUUGUGCCAAGUUUCUGUUCAGAGCACAUUUUCCAGGCUGAAUUAUACAAGGCUCUGGAAGCAAGUCUUUCUAGUGGAAAUGCUGAUACAGCCAUACUAGAAAAAAUUAAUGGUACUUCAACAGUAUACUGCUUAACUUCAGCCCCACUGCAUCCGCCUGCUGGGUACUGCAGGCAGUGCUUCUAACACAGAUUGAUAACAGUGUCACCAUUACCUGCAACACCAGCACUUUGGCUGUACCAGCUGCACGGUUCUCCUCAGCACACAUCCGAUUCUGCCCCACUUAUGUACUAAAAUCCUGAAGGCAUGAGCACAGCUUCUGCUGGAGAAGGAUAUAUUCAAGGAGAAGGCAGUGUGGCAGCCCCUUGCUGCAGGCCUGCUUCCCAGCUCGGGCUCUGGCACCUCCCGGCUGCAUGUGGGAUAUUGCACUGGGUUCCUUGGGGAAGGACCAAGAGCAUCAUUUUUUGUGUCAAUAAGAUACUUGAGAACAGAUCAUGAAAUAAUUUCAAUUCAGUCAUGGAUAUAAUUUCUUUACAUGACAAUUUGAAUAAGAAUGUUAAGCGUAUAAAGAGUAUAAGUUUCCAUGAGUAGAGAUAUCUUGGCCCAGAUAUAUAAAACCUUUAUACGUUUCUAUUGCAGUUCUGACGUGAUGCAUCUUUGAUCUUAUUUCCUUCCAUCAGUAAGGACUGGACUUUGCACACUUAUUGUACUGAAGACAAACCCACACCUACUCCAGGUCCUGUCUGCCAGAAGCAGCCUUUCUCUAGGGGACACCCUGCUGGCUUCAGCUCUGUGCCACAGGAACUGCUGCUUCUGGCAGCAUAGAAGUUGGCAUGUUCCUAUUCAGAGAUGUGUAUGCACAGAUAUCAUAGAAUCAUGGAAUCACAGAAUGGCCUGGGUUGAAAAGGCCCACAAUGCUCAUUGAGUUCCAACCCCCUGCUAUGUGCAGGGUCGCCAACCAGCAGACCAGGCUGCCCAGAGCCACAUCCAGCCUGGCCUUGAAUGCCUGCAGGGAUGGGGCAUCCACAGCCUCCUUGGGCAACCUGUUCAGUGCGUCACCACCCUCUGAGUCCUGGGUGUGAGGGAGGAACAGAAGCCCAGAAGUUAAGGCUCAGUCCCUUAACUGAGGCAAUUGCCUUGAGAGGUGAUUCCAGGCUAUGGCAUGACACAGGAAUUCACCUUCAAGCCCAUCCAGUCUCCAGGGAAGUCUGACCUGGAAAGCUGUCUCUUUUCCCUGGCAGUUCCCAAGUAUUCUCUGGGUGCUGCCAUGUCCCACAGCCCACUCCCACCAGACUGUUUGCAGUUACCUAUUUUUCAGAUCAUAGGACAGUCCACCAGCACUGACACUGGCAGAUACUGACAUGCCAGCCUCCACCGGGGUCUGAGAGCACUCCCUGCCAAUGCUUGAUGUGAUAGCAAAGCUAUAGCUUUAGAGCAGGAUGCUGCCUAUACAGUAUUGGAGUUUUACUUCUGGAGAUCUUAAUCUGGCAUAGUACUCAGAUAAAUGGCUUCGUUUAAUCAAAUUCUUAAGUCUCAUGGACUGGGUCAUCUUUGGAGUUCAGCAUGUGUUUAAGUACCGAGCUAAAUAAGGAUGCUCCUAUCUCUGCUUCAAUUUAAAUAUGAGCCAAGUAGAAAAAGAGACCUUAAAAGAAAAGGCCUUUCUUCCAUAGCAUACUAAAUCCUACAAUUAGGGUAGCAGUUUCACAAUAUAUAGGAAGACUAUGCCAAGAACAUAUAUUUUUCAGGGUUUCGGUUUCCCUGAUGUGAGACAUCUCAGGGACAUUUUAGUGAUUUGUUACAGUCAUAAAAGACAGGCAAGAACAAAGCCUUGCUGAGCACUUUCCUUGGAAAAAUAACAAGAAGAUAUUUGACUCAGAAUGAGAAUACAGUACUUUAUGAUGUUAAAGCUCAUUUUUAAGAGAAAAAAAAAUGAAACUUUCAUUUAAUGUCAUUCAUUAUUUCUUUCAAGUGAUAUUCUUGAGAAGUGCUGGAUGAGCCUCUAUUACAGAUCAGAGAGGAACUGCUUGAUGAAGUUGAAGCCAGCUUUGCCACUAAAAAGAAAAACUGGCUUUGUGCCCAGUGUAGGACUUGUCAUGGCAUCAUCUGUUGCUUUUUAAUUCAACUAAAUGUUAAUGGUGACAUGAAUGGAACAGAAGCAGAGAGUAAUACCAUACAAGUCCUUGGGCUGCAUAGGGUGAGGGACACCUGUGUACAUCUGGAAGAGAGACUAGGUCUCCAUUCCUGCAAAAACAGAUGCUACUGUCAAGCCAGGAACAUUGGGAAUAGCCCCUCUGGCUUCAGUAAAGUCAUCAGGGUCUAGGAAGAUAUUUAUAUAAGCCUUUUACAGGCUGAGGACAGAGAUAAGCAGAUAUUCUCAUCUUAAAAGGGUAUUUCUUCCACCUCAAAUGGUUCAGUGUAACUACGUUGUUUCUUAAGAAAUAAAAAGCUUUUAAAAAACUGUGUCCUAAGAUAUCAAGCUCAGUAGUGACACAGGCACCAUAAAUGUACAAGAGUCCAAUGACAAAUGGUAUCUUUUCAGGAAAUGGGUCUUUCCCUGAGAUGUCUGCAGCCAACCUGUUAGGGAAGGGUCCAACCACACCAAAGGGAAAUAGUGGAGUACAUCCAUCCUAGCUCAGACAAACUCAGAACAGACAGCAAAUCCUCCCCUCCUGGCUGUUAGGGCCAGAAGUGGGCACUGCAGGGCUCCUUUAGCAGGAGGCCAUGUGGACGUCCAGCAGCAGCUCAGGUGAGCAGCCCAGGGUGGGUGGUGGAUAUCUGUGCGGAACGCAUCUGUUAUGGUGCCAGGUUCAUCCCUGUGUUCAUAGCAACUGCAGUGAAGAUGCUGACAAAGCCUUCUCAGACGAUGGGUAACAAUCAGUUGGAGUGUUGGCUGUGCCUGGGGAAGGGCUUCUUUACCAGGUGGUGGGGGCUCUGGGAUGGGAGCUGGAUGGACAGAACAUGGCAAGUCAGUGGUUGUGAGCUGCGGGGCAGAUGAAGGGCAUUUCUUCCAAACGUUAUUUAUGUCCAUUUACACUCUAAUUAAAUGUAAUGUUUGUUCUUUCUUUAAGCCCAUGGUGAUCUGCUUUUCUAUCUCCGUUUAAGUUGUAGAGUUUGCUUAACCUUUCCUUGUAUGAAUUUGGCAUUAGGUGUUUAAUUACUGAAAUUUCUCAGGUGUGGGCAACUUUACUAUGCUACGAAUAAACACCGUGAGUCAAUAUUGUUUUUUCCUCCCUCAUAGAGCUCCCUUGUUGCUGAAAACUGUUAAUAUUUUUCAAGAUUAUACCAUGAGCAUAUUUGUAUAACAGACUUUUACUGAGCUUGAUACUCUAUACCAAAUACUUAUGUCUUUGAAAGACUGAAUUCUUCAAUAAAAUAUAUUCCUCUUUAA